UUUAAUAUGUUCCACACCUUCGUCUUUUGAGGUUGUCUUUCUUUUCCCACCUGUAUCGUUCUCUGAUCUCAUCGGACAGGGGCAGUGCGCGUUAGGGUUAGGGUCUUAGCUCACCCAAGUUCAAUGGAAGAGAUUACAGAUGGAGUGAACGCCAUAAAUCUGGCCGGAGAAUCUCACAAGAAGAACCGGAUCCAAGUCUCCAACACCAAGAAACCCUUAUUCUUCUACGUCAAUCUCGCCAAGAGGUAUAUGCAACAGCAUAACGAGGUUGAGCUUUCCGCCCUUGGAAUGGCUAUUGCCACAGUCGUUACCAUAGCAGAAAUUCUGAAAAAUAAUGGACUGGCUGUGGAGAAGAAGAUCAUGACGUCGACUGUCGAUAUUAAGGACGACUCAAGGGGGAGACCCAUCCAAAAAGCAAAGAUUGAAAUAUUGCUGGGGAAGACUGAAAACUUUGAUGAAUUGAUGGCAGCUGCUGCAGAGGAAAGGGAUGCUGGAGAUGUUGAAGAGCAAAGUUAAAGGGUGUUGUUUUGUAUUGUCUGGUUUGGUUUGUUUUCGUAUUUUAUUUCUGGAAGCUGCACUAAAUCAGUUGAUUUUAUUUACUGGAAAAUUUGUAGGAAUCUAAGAGUGCUAAGUGUGGUCCUAAUGAUCUUGUAACAAUGAAAAUUUUGUGUUAAAGAGUGUAGAAACAAAUCUAAUUGCUACUGAAAUUUUUUGCCUAUCUGAAAUUUCUAAUUGCUAAUGAUCA